AAAACAUUAACGUUUUCGAUUUUACUUUAAAAACUGAAAGUCUAUCCCAUGACACAGAUGCUUACUGCCAGGAAGGUUUUCACCAUAAUUUGAAACUUUCUACUCAAGUGCACAUCCUGUGGGCGGUCCGUUCGUUUAGGUUCACCGAUUCGUUUGUCCGUGCAAUGAGGGUGCAACGUGCAUUGACAUCGAAUCGUUUUAACAGUUCAUGCUAAUUCUGCAUUUAUUGUGAUCAAAUUGGGAACCGGAAAUUAUGCAUUGCUUGCUAAUGAGAAAAUAAUGGGAAUUGGUUGAAUUGGCUAUUACACUUAUAAAUAGAUCUAGUGAUAUUCAUAUACAUGUUUUUGCAAAUACAGUUUGCAUGUACAUGAUUAUACAUAAAUGUUAAUUUACAAUUUUUUGGUAAAGGAACAUGAUUAAAUAAUCGUAGAUAUAUUUGGAGAUAAAACGAGUACGUAGUUUCUAAUGCUUCGCAAGCGUUUAUCGUUAAAACGUGUAUCACUAUUAUGUAUGACGAAAUUCAAUUAAUGAUCAUGUAGCUUCACGGAUAGAAAUAAUCAGUACUAUGACCUUACAAAUCAAUUUAUAACUCUAAUUCAAAGUAUUAUGGCCCUAGUAGAAUCAAAAGUAAAUACAGAACAUUGUUUUACAGCCUGCAAGAGCUGAUUUUGGAUCGUAAUGGAAUCAGGGAGUUGCCACCUGAGCUCGCGGAGUUGAAAAACUUGCGAAACAUUUCGUUGGCUGGAAAUUGCCUGACCAGUCUGCCGUCUCUGUUCAACAUGCGAGCCCUCGCGUUAACGGAUGUAUUAUCGAGGUCAGAGCAUAGCAGAAAUUGCAAAGAUGAAAGAAAUAAUCAAAAUAAUUUAUACAAAGUCAAUUUACGGAAUAAUCAAUUAAAGGGGAACAUCAUACUUGGAAAUUACGGAAAUUUAACGCAUCUAGACGUCAGUGAAAAUAGCAUUGAGAAAUUGGACAUCAGUGCGCUUCACGAAUUAAGGAGCGUUCGCUGUGCACGAAAUAUUUUAACAGAAUUGACUGUCUGCGGCAGGAAUCUAGUUUCUCUUAUCGCAGGAAACAACAAAUUGAAAAAAUUAACUAUCGAACCAGUGCCCGUGAACCUCGAACACUUAGACGUUUCCUAUAAUAAUUUAGAUGCGCUCCCAGAAUGGACGCCGGAUCUGCCCUUGUUAAGAGCACUUUUCGCGUCUCAUAACGCUUUAACAGCCCUCCCAGACAGACUGCUAACGCAGCCGUCGAGACUGGAAGUUCUUCACUUACCCCACAAUAGAUUGCAAGCCCUUCCACCACCCAGAAAACCGCUAAACAUCGUUCACUUAACGUUACAAGACAACGCACUGACGGCGUUACCCACCAGUUUCUUUACCAAUACAGAAAA